AUGUCCGCUAUUCAGGCUUGCUUUGCUGCUCCGAUGAGUUGCCUCCCUCCGUUUGACGGUUACCUGCCCAAAUGGCUCGCCUUCAUUUCGGUCGUCUCCGCCCUCAACAGUCUACAAGCCUACAAAUCCCAUGAAUACUCCGCACAGCUCUACAAUGGCAAAACUCAGUCAGGUCAGAGCCACGCCAACCCUCUGUCGUCGCGCACCUUCGCUACCUGGACAUUCCUGUCCGCCGUGAUUCGCAUGUACGCCGCCUACAACAUCACCAAUCCCGUUGCGUACGAUAUUGCGGUUUGGACAUACGGUAUCGCCUUGCUGCACUUUGUCGGCGAGUGGUUGGGCUUUGGAACGGCCGAGCUCAAGGGUCGCUUCGUCAGUCCCCUCAUCGUCGCCUCGUCCACUCUGGCGUGGAUGUUGACCCAGCGGGAGAGCUAUCUCUCUCUUUGA